AUGGCCCCAAUUUACCCCAAGACGGAUCCGAAUCGCUCUGGUCACCUCCAAGUGUCCUCUGGCGAUGACAGACAGUACUUUGAUCCCUCCCACUACCGCAGCGUCCUGUUCGACCAGCGGGGCUCGGGAAAGUCUACCCCGCACGCCUCGCUCGAGGAGAACACGACCUGGCACCUCGUAGAGGACAUGGAGAAGCUGCGAGAGCACCUCGGCAUCGACAAGUGGGUCGUCUUUGGAGGAUCAUGGGGCUCGACACUCUCGCUCGCCUACUCGGAGACGCACCCUGAGCGCUGCCUUGGGCUGAUCCUCAGAGGCAUCUUCACGCUGCGAAGGGAGGAGCUGCUGUGGUUCUACCAGAAGGGAGCGGACUUCCUGUUUGCCGACUUCUUUGAUGACUACGAGGCCGUCAUUCCUGAGAACGAGAGAGGUGAUAUGAUGCAGGCAUACUACAAGCGACUGACCGGAGACAACGAGGAGGAGAGGCUCAGAUGUGCCGACGCCUGGAGUCGCUGGGAGAAUUCCACAAGCAAGUUGAUGGUAGACCCGGCCUACAUCGCCAGGGCUCUCGCUUUCGCGAGGAUCGAGUCUCACUACUUUGUCAAUGGCGGAUUCAUGAAGGAUGGCCAAUUGAUCGAGGAUGCACACAAGAUCAAGCACCUACCGAUCGUCAUCAUCCAGGGACGAUACGAUGUCGUGUGCCCUGCCAAGACAAGCUGGGAUCUGUAUAAGGCUCUCGGCGGGAAGGAUAACAAGAAUGUCGAAUACAAGGUCAUCGGCGAUGCUGGUCACAGUGCUCAUGAGGUAGCGAUUGAGUCAGCGCUGGUGGAUGCUGCCGAGAAGUUCAAGUCGAUCAAGCUGUGA